CACGUGACCAAACAUUGGAAACAUUGCGCAGAUAAAAGUGAUAACAUAAGCAAGAAAAUUUUGCUUCUUGAUUGUUUUACAGCCAAAAUAUGAAGUGGGCAUUCAAAGAAGAGCAUUCUUUAGAGUCGCGGUGUCAGGAGUCGAGCAAGAUUCGCUCSAAAUACCCAGACCGAAUACCAGUCGUGGUAGAGAAGGCACCAAAGUCUUCCAUUCAAGACAUUGAUAAAAGAAAAUUCCUCGUCCCUUCAGAUCUCACAGUUGCACAAUUUAUGUAUAUCAUUCGCAAACGAAUCCAACUGCCUCCAGAAAAAGCCAUGUUCUUAUUCGUCAACAAAGUCCUUCCCACCACWAGUUCAACAAUGGGAGCAAUCUAYGAAGAACACAAAGAUGAAGAUGGCUUCUUAUACAUUGCCUACAGCGGAGAGAAUACAUUUGGAAACUGACGAGUGCCAUUACAACCAGCAUCAAUUACUAGUUCUCUUAACUACUUAGUUUUUCACUAACAAACAGGAAAUAAUGUUAAUAUGCAUGUUAAAAAUAUAGCAUGUAUAUAAACUAGUCAGUAUACUCAACAGUUAUUCAACCCUAUAAUGAUUAAUAAUAUUAUAUAUUGCCAGCUAUUUAAGUAUUCCRACAUCAGUAUACUCGGCAGUAAAAUAAAAAGCCAGGCAUUAUUACUAGUCAUGACAGAUCAAUUUUUCUCCAAAAUUGAUCAUAUGUGAUAAUUCUUUUGAAACAUAAACAAUUUUUCUACCUCCUAAACUCUAUAAAAUUAGUAAAAAUAGCACGGGAGAGGAUAAAAUGGCUGGAAUAUUACUUAURAGCUGCAAAUCGAAGUACCAGAGUUUGUAAAUAACAUGUAAGUAGGGGAACAAAAAGAAAGUAAAGAGGUUGGGUGCCCAAAAAUGUUUCUUUUUUUUAAUUUAAUAUUUCUAUUACCAGUAGUUAGGUCUAAUCAUAAUGAUAAUAAGGGGUUAACUAGUCAUAACUUUGCUCCAGAUGAGAAUGGGUAAUUCCAGAAAAUAUCUAUACCCACCCCACAGGGAAAAUUUGAAAUUCUAGAGGGGAUGGGGUAGGGGGUUCCAAUUACAAAUUCCUUUUGGUGGGAAUUAUCUUUAUUUUCUGGAACUACACAUCAACUAUGUUGAUGGUGAAUUCUUAUGUUUGGGGUUUGAGAAAGGUUCUCUCUCUCUUUGCCUCCCAUCAGUUCAAAGCUAAUUUAUGACUAGUUGCUAAUGACAAAAACAACAAAAGUCAAACCAAUAGCUUUUAUGAAAUAAUAUCAUUUAUUUAAAAUUUUGAAAACUAAAGUAGAUUUUUAGGCUUUAGUGACCAUGCAGGAAAAGCAUUCAUAAACUGUGUUCGCAUUUCGUAAUACUUUGUUGCUGCAUUUUUAAAUUGAGAAUACGUCUUUAGAUCAGCAGACCUGUACAGUUUAGAAAUGCAAAAUAAAUCAUGUUAGAAAAUAUA